AUUCUAUGCAAUUAUUAAACAACUAGUACUUUACCCAGCAGGGUCGAUAGCUCAUUUUUGCACCCCGUUCAAGUGUCCUGUUAGAUACUGCUGUUUUUCAGCAGCCAGCGGGUGAAGGUGAAUGGGAGACAGGGCCUCUCGAAAGGGCAGCCUGGGGCAAGGUUACCUGGCCAAGUCUCAUUACAGGUGCAGUGAUAUGGGUGACUCUGCAGCUCAUUGGCACUUGGCACGGUCAGUCAAACUCAGCUGAAUGGAACGCUGCCCUGCCCUGGUUCCAUUUCACCUCUGCUGCAUCGGCCUGAUGUCUCAGAGCACGGAGGACAGGGGAUCUUGGCGCGUCUCUGUCCCCGAUGACCUGCCCUUAGCGGGGCCUGACAGCUUUGCUCCGGAGCCCCGCCGCCCCUGGGUCUCGCACCAUGGUCGAGAACAAGCCUUACCGCUACGGGCUCAUCGUCCUGGGGCUGUUCGUGGUGGCCGUCGGCCUCUUCAUCAUGAGCGUGGAGGAGCCCCAGGUGUAUGCUACCUUCUGCGCGAUGGGCGUGCUCAUGGUGGGCAUUGGCACUGUUUGGAGCAUGUGCCAGUGUUAUCCUAAGGUGACAUUUGUCACGUACAGCCAGGAAGAGAGCUGGAGCCCUGGGAAAGCUGCCAGUUUCACUGUGACUCAGGACUCCCAUAAGAGUGCAGCAGAGUCAGUCAGAGUGCCCCUGGCUGUCAUUCAGGAUGACCUGGAGAGCGAGGGAGACGGGUCAGCUCAGUCUGAGCCACAGGCGGGGACUGGGCUCCAGGUGCCGACGGAGCAUUCAGGCCACAGCGCAGUCCUCGGACACGCAACUCAGAGCUGCCCCCUGCUGGUCCUGCUCCACACCGGCACUCAGCUGCCAGGGCGCCAAGCAGCAGAGCUAGAGUCUGAGCCAGAGAUGUAUUAUGGGAAAGUGGAGGACCCAUGUCACCUCGGAUCAGACUUGGACAGUGAGUGAAACUCACGGUCUGGACUGAAAGAGUAGGAGAAGCCAGAAGGUACCACUUGAAUGUAUAAUUUUUUCAAGUAUAUUCAAUGGAAAAUGGUCAAAUUUGGUUUGGUCCACCCAGCUCUUGUGAUAUUUUAUUUUAGUUGGUGUCCACCUAUCUAUAACUUAAUACUUUUGAAAAGAAAAGGGUGGUCCAGGACAAUUGCACAUUGCCUUUUACAUCCUACGUCCUAAUAAGCACAUAGGUUUCCACUCAUAAAUAAAGUUUAAAUGCAAUUGUA